GUCAUUGUGAUUCAUGAUUGGACAGAUUAAAGCUGGUGUAUCAAAUAAUAAUAAAAAAAAAAAUAACACAAUGCAAUUGAAUACGUAUAUCGCAACUUUACACAAGGUGUCUUUCGCACACAGCUGAGCCAGUUUUAGUGUUGUAAAAUAAACGCGGCGUGAGUGAGCGAACAGCAACAUCAUCCACCCAGCACCAGCUCAAGGGCCGAUCGUUAUUAAUCCAGGUCCCCCUAACCCCGUGCGUUUGUGUGUGCAUGUGUGUGUGUCUGUGUGUGUCAAAUAUACGUCAAAAAAAAAUAUAUAUAAUAUAUAAAAAUAACUUUAAAUUCAUGACAAAUAUCCAAAAUAUAUUGACUGAUAAUUGAAAAAGAAAAUAAAAAAAAGUGCUCCGAAAUAUUAUUUGUCAAAGAAAUAAAAGAGUUAAUAGUUAUAAUAAUAAUAAUAAUACAUCACAAUCAAUCGCCGACAUUUUAACAUAUACAUAGAACCAAUAUUUUCAAAGCCGGGUUCAAUGAUAUUAAUAAUAAUAUAUAAAUAAAUAAUUACCAAAAGUGGGAGAGAAUAAUUUGAUAAAAUACAAUUUAAAAAAAGAGUCACUUAAUACAUUUUUAUUUGUUUUUUUUUAUAAAUAAUAAUAGUAAAUAUAAAAAUACGUGUCUUCAAAUGUCAAAGUAAAAAAAAGGUGAUUUAAUUUUUAUUUUUUGCUCCAAUUUUUCAUGAUAAAAAAUACAUGUUUAAAAUUAAAUUUGAAUGUAUUUUAUGGUGAUUUAUAAAGUGUACUGUUAAUUUAUUAUCAAGUUGAUUUAACGUUUAAUUAAUAAAAAAAAAAAAUAUAAAUAUUAUUAUCAGAGGAUUUAUUUGUUUUUUGUGUGUGUGAGUGUUGAAGAUAAGUGUGUGGGGGCGGGUGGUGCCCGCAGUGAAAGAGGGUUGAUGAAGAGGGAGUUGUUGAAAGAAAAUUUGGUAUUUUAUUUGAUGAAAGAUCAAUGACUAUUCGGUGACAAGUGACAGAAGGAAAUAACUUGUGUUUUUUUUUUUGCCUCAUCUAUUGGAUAUUGGUGAUAGAUAAAGAAUUAAUUAAUUAAUAUAAUAAUUUAUAAAAAAGAAGAAAUAAAAGAGUCAAAAUAUGGCGGGUCAAACGAUAAACGACAGACUUUUGGCAGCAAGACACAGUAUUGCUGGUCAGGGUCUUGCGAAAUCAGUCUGCAAGGCCACCACCGAGGAGAUGAUUGGACCCAAAAAGAAACACUUGGAUUAUUUGAUACAUUGCACCAAUGAGCCAAAUGUGUCGAUACCUCAAUUGGCAAAUUUACUCGUUGAAAGAUCACAGAGUACCAAUUGGACAGUUGUUUUUAAAGCACUUAUUACAGUGCAUCAUAUGCUAUGCUAUGGAAACGAGCGAUUUACACAGUAUUUGGCAUCGAGUAAUAGUUCAUUCCAGCUCAGUAAUUUUUUGGAUAAAAGUGGAGUACAAGCUGGAGCACGUAUUGGAUAUGAUAUGUCACCAUUCAUCAGAAAGUAUGCCAAAUACCUGAAUGACAAAGCAAUGUCAUAUCGAAGUGUUGCAUUUGAUUUUUGUAAAGUUAAAAGAGGAAAGGAAGAUGGAACAUUACGUACAAUGAAUGCUGAAAAAUUAUUAAAAACAUUGCCAGUAUUGCAAGCACAAUUAGACAGUCUUCUUGAAUUUGAUUGUACUUCAAAUGAUUUAACAAAUGGUGUUAUUAGCAUGGCAUUUAUGCUACUUUUUAGAGAUUUAAUACGUCUAUUUGCAUGUUACAAUGAUGGAAUAAUUAAUUUACUAGAAAAAUAUUUUGAGAUGAAUAAAAAACAAUGUCGAGAUGCAUUAGAUUUGUAUAAAAAAUUUCUAAUUAGAAUGGACAGAGUUGGAGAAUUUUUAAAAGUUGCUGAGAAUGUUGGAAUUGACAAGGGAGAUAUACCAGAUUUAACAAAAGCACCAAGUAGUUUACUUGAUGCCCUGGAACAACAUCUUGCAUCCCUAGAAGGCAAAAAAGGCUCAGCAGCAAAUACACCUACACAAUCAGCAAGCAAUAGAACGAAUGUAAAGUCUGGAGUAUCCGCACUGUCUUCCACCAGUACGGCGUUUGGAACAGUUGCUAGCAAUGCACGUCUUGAUCAAGCUGGAAAUGGACAUAUUGAUGAGACACUCAGACAACAGGCACUUGCUGAGGAAGAAGCUGUUAUGAAUCAAUACAAGGUAUCGAAAAUUCAAUCACCAUCUGGAGGACCAAGCACCAAUCCUUUUCUCAGCUCACCAACUGGAAGUGGCAAUCAACCAAUUGUCGAUUUAUUUAGUUCAGCAACUGCAGCUGAAAUACAAUCACAAAAAGCAUCAGAUGAUUUAUUACAAUUAGCUGGUAAUCCAUUUGCUGAUAUGUUUGGAGCACCAGCUGGACCAAUGCCUCCAGCAACAAAUAACAUGUGGAUGUCCAACGGUAAUGGUUUUGUGACAUCAACACCACCAGCAAGUAAUAAUUUUGUUACAGAUAAUAAUUUUUCAUCUGUAUUUGGAAAUCAAGAUCAACAAACGACUGCCGUUCAAGGAUCGACCGGAUCCAUACCCAAUCCUUUUAUGGCCGAUUUUUCCGCUCCCACAUCCUAUACUGAUGGUGUUGAUGGUGAUAGUACAACAAUUGAUCAUAAUGAUCAAUCAGGAAGAGUUGUUUUACAAGGACAACACGGUGCCGAUAGUCAAAUUAAUGACGGAGACUUAUUCAGUAGACAAAUUGAGCCAAUUGAUUUAUUUGAUAGUCAACAAGACAUAAAUAAUGAUCGUGACAAUAGCACUGGUGUUGUUAAUAAUACAAUAAAGUCAACAACAACAUCUGGUGUUAAUGAAGCAGUUGUUGGUAUUGUUAAAUCUAGUAUGACACCACCACCAAGACCACCACCUCCUGCAACAGGUACAAAUGGUACACCACGUGCUGUAUCACCAGUUGCUGGUGGUGUGUCAUCUGGUAGUGGUAAUGCUUCAACAACAACAACAACAAAUAAAAGUGCAUUUGACGAUCUUAAUGAUAGUAUUCGUAUGGCACUGGGUGGGUCUCCGUCACGUCCAUCACCUUCUGUACAACAACAACAACAACUACAACAACUACAGCAACAACAACAGCAGCAACAACAACAACAGCAACAGCAACCUCAAAUGAUAAUGCAACAACAAGGCUAUGUUGGUUCAGUUGUUGGUGGUGUACCAGUAGGUGUUGGACAAAAUACUAUCGGUACUGUACCCGGAUAUGUUGUACCUCCUAAUCAAGUUAUCCUUGGAUACGGCUCGCCAAUUAAGCAGCCAAUCGCAGCUGCUGGCCAACCAAUGACAUCACAAUCUGGAGCCAAAGUAUUGACUGGUGAUUUGGACAGUAGCCUUGCAAGUCUUGCUGAAAAUUUGAGCAUCAAUAAAAGUGCUCAACAACAAGUCAAGGGAAUGCAAUGGAAUUCACCAAAAAAUACAGCUAAAAGUGGAGGACCUGCUGGAUGGUCACCACAACCAAUGGCUGCAACAACUGGUGCUGGAUAUCGACCAAUGGGCCAAGGAAUGACACAACUUCCAGCAAGCACAACUUUUGGCUUUCCUUCCCAGUCCACACCAUUGGGAAUGCAAGGUAUGCCAAUGGGUGGUAUGCAAGGUAUGAGGCCAAUGAUGGCUGGUGCAAUACCACCAGGUGCACAACCUCCUGGUAAUCCAAUGAUGAUGCCUCCAGGUAAUCCAAUGAUACCACCAUCAAUUCCACAACAACAACAAGCACAACCAACUGGUCCAGUUCAAGGUAAUCCACUUCAACUUGAUCCCUUUGGUGCACUGUGAAAUGAUGUCUAGGGGACGAGUUUUUUCAACUAAAUAAUGGAUCAACGUUGUAAAUAUUGUGUAAUAUGUUCACAAAAUAUGCCCCUAUUAAUUGUUCAUUGAAAAAUAUAUUAUCUAUUCUCUUCUGAUCUUUAUUAAUCAAUAAAAAUGAAAAAAAAAAAUAUUAAAAAAAAAUAAUUCUAAUGACAGAGAAUGAUAAUUAAAUAAGUAAAUAAAAUAAAAGUUUAAAUAAUAGAUAUCCAUAUAAUAUAUCGAUGCAUUGGCAUCAUAAAAUUCCAACAAUUUCCAGCAAUUAACUAAUUUACUUUAUAAAUGUUUGGAAGUAUUGUAAUUGUUUAGGUGAAUGUAUAAAAUAAUAAGUUGGCCCACAGUGCUUAGUCAAGUAUGGGCGCGUUUUAUAAUUAUUAUUUUAUUAUUAUUACUAUUAUUAUUAUUAUUAAUUUUUCAAUAAUUUCAUUAAUGAAAUAUUUAAUUUUAUUUAGAGAAAAAAAUGAAAUAUAAAAUAUGCAUGAAUGUAUGCCUCAGGUACAGUUUAUCAAUUAUGUUUGCAAUAAAAGAAAAAAAAAAAAUGUUAAUGAUUAAUCAUUGAUCCGCGUCCAUGCUUGCCAAAGAUAUUUCUGGACUAUUCGCAAUUUUAAAAGGAAAAAAGAAGCUAAAAAAAAAAAAUAUUAAUUUAAUUAUUAUAUUAAUAAAGCAUGUGAGAUUGAAAUUAAUAAUAAUAUUAUGUCAAAAUAUUAAUUGUGACAAAUUAUAUGAAAAUAUUUUGUUGUAAAUUAUUUUUUAUUAAUUCAAUUUUAAAAUUUGUUACUUGCUUAUUAAAAUAGUUAUUAAUUUCAUUUUAAAUAUUUACAAACAUUAUCAAGUAUUAUACAUAGAUGGCAAUAUAUUAUUUAAACAAUAAAAAACUGGUUA